UUUGACCCCGGUAGCGGAAGCGAGUGAGGAGCCGGCCGGAAGCGGUGGUUGUCAGUGGAGACGCAGGCCGGCUGGGCUCGUUCUUUCUCCCGCCCGAGGAUGCGGGCUCUCUCCUCUCCCGGGUGGAGACUCCGGCAUCUGCUCUGGGUGACCUGGCUGAGCGGGAGCCUCCUGGCAGGAGCAGCAGCAGAGGAAAAUGCUGACCCACUGUCUGAAACUGUCCUACCUCUUAGCACAGAAGGUGGUUCUGCCCUUACUGGAGAGCCUCAGGCGCCAGUGCAGUACAAGACUGCAGAAAUUGCUGAUGCAAUGCUGGGUAGUGGGAUUCCUGCUGAUCAGUCUGUGGUGCUGUCAGUUAUUCCAGGAGAAGCAAAGGACAAACGCAUGUCUGAAUUCGGUAUUGGCACCUGCGAUGCAGCAGUAGAAGAUGCUGAAUGUAGUGUGGGGACUAGCCUUGCUUCUCACUUAUCACAGCCUGGUUCACAUGUUCAAGAACAAGCAGGGGACACUAAUGUAGUGCUAGAGGCUAUUCCUGCUUCACCAGCUGAGGAAUCUAAUAGCACAGACAGUGUAAAAACUCCCAAAGUGAACUGUGAGGAAAGAAAUAUUACCGGGAUCAGAAACUUCACGCUACAAAUCCUGAAUGUUUCGCAAUCUUCACAGUCUCACUGGUUGACAACAGAGGAAAGGACCCAAGUUUUACUUGACCUCAAAGCUUCGGGAUGGUCUGAGCUGGGUGAAAGAGAUGCCAUCUACAAAGAGUUCAAUUUCAAAACUUUUAAUCAGAACUUAGUGUGAAUAUUUAGUAAAAGUCAGACAGCCAAGAAAUACAAUUUCCUCUAUGAUCUCCAUCCUGCCCUUUUACAGAUGGCAUAAAAUCAGGUGUGUAAAGGAAAAAAAAAAAAAACCAAAUCCAAAUCCAAACCUGAGCAGUUGAACUGACAUGAAAGGUAUUUCAGAUUUAUGUUUUGCAGAUGAUAUGAGUAUGAUUAAUGUAUUCAUUGUUUCUUUAUUGCUUCCCACAGAUAAUGUGCAUGAUGCAUGGAAAAUUCUGUGGCUUUAAAAUCUAUGCCAGGUUUACAAAGACUAUGUAUGUCAACAGAUGUUAAGAAUAUAAACAGAGUUUUUAUUAUAAAGUCGCUCAAAUGCGUAGACAUGAACGUGGUUUAUGUAUAUUUUCAGUAUGAGGGAGAAUGAAAUGAAACUUCUGUGAAAUGAGAAAGUUAUUUAGAUUCCUAAAGCUUUCAGACUGAGAUUAACUUGCUUAAAAGCUAUCAGAAAUUACGCUUCUGGCUUGGGAAAUUAUUUUAUUACAGGACUUCACUUGAAACCGCUGGUGGUGUUUGUUUUUUUUUGAAGAUAAAUUUUAUAAAAAUGGGCUUUAGAGAGUGAUUUUCAGAAAAUGAGUUGGAAAACAGUUUGAAAUGUUCCUAAAAUAAGUCAGUGACUGUACUUCCUGUUGUCAGUCCUUUUCUCUGCUAUAAUUGCCAUUGCAUGCUAGUUGUGAUGUCCUGGUUUGAAAAAAAUAUUGAUGUAUAUAGUGUCCUCCACCCAACCCUACCCAGAAAGAAAAGCAUCUGGUAUCCAUUGCAGCUUGUUCCCCAUCCCUCAUUUGGGCAGCUUCUAUGAGUGAAAUGUUAGUUUCCACUUUCUCUUCAUAGCCAUAUUAUCAUCACUGCUGUUCACUCCAUUCCCUACCAGCUGGGGGGACUGAGGCAUAAGAAAAUCAUGGUACCUAAUCACUUAAAACUUGUCCACAGUAAAUCGCAGAAUCCUGUAAUAGCUCUGGAAGAAGACUAGCCAUCAUACAUGGUCCCAUCUUCACUGGAUUCAGCCAUCAGUACAGCCUGAUAUUGAUGCAUCCUGCCAUGUUCACAGAUUUUUUAUUUUACAAUUACAGCUUCUGUUUUGACUGACAAGACAACAAACACAAGUAGGGUGAACAUACGUCCCGUUUUGGCCGGGACAGUUCCCUUUUUAAGCCUUGUCCAGGAUGUCCUGACUUUCUUGGCGAAAGUGGUCAUUUGUUCCAUUUACUUUGGCCAAUUUAUCAGUUGGCAAGACCAAAUGGGACAAAUGCCCAGUUUGCCAAAAAAGUGAGGGGUUCCUCCCUCCUUCCCAAUGGAGUGUGGAAGAACUUUGAGGGAGGUGAAUGAUGACACCGCUGGGCCUCAGGCUGUUAGCCCUACGCCACAGGGAGAAGGGGGGGCCUUGAGCCAGCCCUGUGCAGUAUCCCGUUUUCCCAUGGGAAAUAUGGUCACCCUAAAUACUGUUGUCAUUGUCUGUUUUCCCAUUCCAUCAUUCCUCCAGUCUUCUGCCCUCUAUUUGUGUGAACUGGCAGGCUACAGAUGUUUGAGAGACUAUUGCCUUUUAAAAUGGGGCUGUGGAGAGAGAGAGAGUGGAAGAAAAAGAAAAAAAAGUAAUCUUUGCUUUCAAGCCACUUUGUAUUACAUAAAAGAAACAUGUUUUAAAGACUCUUAAUUUCUAUUCCCAAGUGACAGAUACAGAAACAAAAUGCCUAUUACUCACUGAUAGAGCAACCAAUCCAUUUCAAUUUGCCAAAGCAAAAGUCUGAGUCAAUGAGAGUUACAAAAAUACUGUCAUUACUUCAGGAGCCUGACUAGCAAUGUUUGCUAAUGCACUUUUUUUUCUUCAUUUACUGAAAUUUCUGGCAAAAAGAAAAAGUUGAAAAGUUUUUAGUCUAGAGCAGAGGUCUCCAAAUGGUGGGGCAUGCCCUCCUACGGGGGCAUGAAGGAACAUUUGGGGAGGUGCUGCAGGGCCUGGGCCAGCCCCCAUGGGGGUGGGAAGGGAGUGUUAUCUAGCCCCGCUCCGGCCCAGGCUUCCGCCCUCAGCCCUGCCCCCAGCCUUGGCCCUUGACCAUGACCCAACUGGAGCUUCUGCUCCUGGCCCUACUCCCACCCCCAGCCUUGGCCCCUGGCUGCGUCUUUGGCCCCGCCUCCAGCCUUGGCACCUGACCAUGGCUCUGUUCCCAGCCCCAGACCUGCCCGCAGCUGCAGCCCCAGCCUUGGCCUCCUUACCCCUGUUCGUGCCCCUGUCCGCCCCACCCCCUGACCCAGCCACAACCCCGCUCCUGGCCCCAGCUCCUGCAGGAGCAAGGUGCAGACAGGUAAGGGAGAGGCGUGAUUUUGAAAAGUUUGGGGACCCCUGGUCUAGAGGAAAUAGAAUUGUCACCAAACUGUUCAAAACUUCAAGUUUCCUGGCCUGUAUCUGGUCUGUUAUAAUUUGGCCUACAAAUUUACCCUUCUUGUGAGCUCAACUGUAAAAAAAUACGUGAAAAUUAAUAACAUGUCACAAUCACCUGUUAUAACAAAGAUUGAUAGGAAAUGGUGCACAAAGGAGAGACUGAAUUAGUCCAAACAAAAAACUGUACUGUUAUAACUCAAGGACUGUGUUAAGAUCAUGCUUGGUAAGUCAGAAGAGUGUGGAACCGGAAAUCAGUGAACCAAAAUUGGUGUGUGGGGAAACUAGACCUAAUUGGUUGACAAAAUAAUGAGGGCAUGGGCUAUUCAGUGCACCCAUCCUUUUGUGAGUCCUUAAAGAAACAGACAUAGGGAUAAAAAUUGCCUACUAGAGUGAGGUUCACCAUCUUGGCUACCACUACCACCAUCUCCUGGGACUUCGGACCUUUGUCAUCCUGAUCCUGAGAGAUGUCCUGACCAGACCAGGCCAGAGAGAGGGACCCAGAUGAUAUGUCCACCUUUACUGGGUUCAGCUGAAUCCCAAACACCAUUUGGGAUGAAAUAGACUUCACCAACAGCUUCAGCCAUUCUUAACUAACGUCUUCUAUUUUCCCUGACAGGACAGUUUUUACCAUCUUUGGUACCAUAUAAGAGACAACUUGGUAUUUUUCCCAAAAACUCUCUCCAGCUAAAAGGAAAGGGAAAAGGGAUUGUUGUUGUUAAAAUGAAAGCCUUAUUUAAUACUUAAUAUUUCAAAUGCUUUAACUGUUUUUCCUUUUUAUCUUUAAUAAAAAGAUAAUGUGUUUUAAAGGUG